AUGAACAGCCAGUACAUGCGCAGGGAAGUCUUCUGCUGUGAGACCUGCGAUGAGCUCAAAAGCUUCUGGGAAAAGGAAAUUAGCAAGCAGACUUGCUACCGGGAGCUUGAAGAAGAUCGCCAGGAGAGAAGCGCUCUGAGAAAGCUUCGAGAAGAAUGGAAGCAGAGGCUGGAGAAGAGGCUGAGAAUGCUGGACAACCCUGAUGAGGAGGGAAAGCAGGCUAACCCUGAGAACUGA